CCACUCAACGGUACACUGUCGCCAAAGUAACGUUCCUCUUCACUCGUCACUCCCUCUUUCUCUCUCUAAAAUUACUGUUCUAUAUCCUGCUUUCACCUGAGGUUCAGUAGAUAUCGGUUUAUAAAGAAAAAUUUCAUCUGUAAAUUGUAUAUAUCAAUUUUCAAGCUAUCCAUAUAUAACUAAGUUUUAAUGGAGGUGGCAGUAAUAGACUGGAAAAACAUUGAUUCAAGAUUUGUGACAGAUGAGGUUUAUGAGCACAUCAAUGCCCCUCAAUGGAUCGAUUUCUCCGUUCCCGAUGAUGCCAUUAACGAUGAGGCCUGGUUCUGCAGACCCAGUUGUAAUCAUCCGAAGACAGUUGAAGAUUUCUUUAAAGAGAGAGACAGGACUCCUACUUCCAUUUCUAAGCUUCAGAGAUCAGCUAGUGUAUCUGAAGUUCUUCCAUUUGGCGACAAAAAUAAAAGAGAUGCAACACUGAAGAAGAGAGGGGUUAACCAACCAUUCAUAUCACCAAACACGAAAUAUAAUAGGAAUUUUGAUGAUAGUGAAAAUCAAGAUCCCAAUUUUUCGACCCCUUCUAAUCGCAAAGGUCAUGGGAUGAAAGAGGGGAUCAAAUCAAGCGCUGAGAGGAAGAAAUUGACUGAUGAUAUCAUAACAACGAAAAAUCAAGCACCAAGGCUUAAAAGUACAUUGUCAGCUCGGAAUUUGUUUUCUGGAGGAGAUCUACUGAACAAGGUUGCAGAGUUUUGCAAUGAAUUGAAGAAACUGGCGACAAGGGGAAAGGAUGGCGCGGAAGAUGUGAAUGGAGGAAAUGCAGAGAAUUCACCAGAUUUGGACGAUAAAGAAAAGGAAAGGAAACCACUGCUUCAAUUAAAUCUAGUGAAAAGUGAAGCGACCGUGAAGAGCAACUCAAAAGAGAAGCAAAGAAGGAAAAAAAGAAAUGAUGACGCAGAGAAUACUCCCUUAUCUGUGGAUGUAAAGAACAUUAAGCGCAAAGAGGAAGAAAGCCUGUUGCAAAUUCGCACAUCUCCUCCAACUCCACAAUGUUUCUCAGCCAGCCGUGGGCCGACCAAAGCCACGCCUAAGUCUUACAGGUCGAAACCACAGCCCCAGGAGAGAGGAAUUCUACAGGAGCUCAAACCAAUCAACAAGGAGGAUAAAAGUGACGAACUAAGGGACAAGAACAACCACGGAAGAGAUGUGGCUGCUGCAAUAGCUGAAAAGGAAGCAAGAAGUUUGGAUGUUUUUUGGUUCUUAAAGCCUUGCACCAAUUCAAGUUAGUCAAAUGAUUUUUUCAGAGUAUUCAUAGAGCAAAUUAUUUAGUCAUUCUUUCAUUCUUUCAGUUUUCCACAAGUCUUGGUUGUUACUUGUACAAUUAUCUUGUUUCAUCUUGAUUCCUAUUCCUGA